GCUUUGGUGACUCUGAGUGUCUGACUGAUAGGUGGAAAUGACGUUUAGUGGAGUUUGCUGAAGGCCCUUGUUUUUCUUCGUCAGUGCCAACUGCCAAGCAAGGCAUUCAACACAUACCUAAGUAGGAGAGCAAGCCGUGCACGUGAGCACCAAGUCCUGAGCUGGGUCGACGGAGAUUUAUACCUGAGACAUUCUUCCGCUUCUUCUCCGGCGAGGAGGGGGAAAGAGCAGCGCCGGACAUGGCUUCCUGGAAUUCAGGUCCGCUGGAAGUCGCAUACCAAUUACUGGGUUGGUUCGCUUUCGCCUGCUGGUCGAUCAGUUUCUACCCUCAAGUCAUCUUGAAUUUUCGCAGGAAAAGUGUUGUGGGGCUCAACUUUGAUUUUGCCUUGUUGAAUCUGACGAAGCACUCUUCCUAUCUCAUCUACAACGCCUGUGUGUACUUCAGUUCUGCUGUUCAGAAGCAGUAUUUUGAGGAAUACGGUUCUGGAGAGAUGAUACCUGUGGCGGCAAAUGAUGUUGCUUUCUCCGCCCAUGCUGUGCUACUCUCGGCAAUUACCUUGUUUCAAAUUAUGAUCUAUGAACGUGGAACUCAGAAAAUCUCCAAGCUUGCCUUUGGAAUUGUCUCUGUGGUAUUGCUUACUGCUCCGGUUUGUUUCUUCAUGGCUUUACCGACACACUCUUGGCUUUGGCUUGUCUCCAUCUUCAACACAAUUCAAGUAUUUAUGACAAUCAUAAAAUAUGUUCCUCAGGGAAUCAUGAACUUCAUGAGAAAAAGUACUGACGGCUUCAGCAUUGGCAACAUUCUGCUUGAUUUUUCUGGAGGCAUAUCAAACUAUGGACAGAUGGUUGUGCAGUCCAUUGAUCAAGGUUCUUGGGUCAACUUCUAUGGGAAUGUAGGAAAAUUGAUGCUGUCUUUGGUGAGUGUAUCCUUUGACAUAUUUUUCAUAUGUCAACACUACGUGUUUUAUCCUGCCAAGAAAGCUUCACAAUCAGCAGCUCCUGUGGAACCUGAGGAUGAAAUCAAAGAGCAUCUUGUGCGACGUUGUGUUGAACCAAUAACAGCGACAGAGAAUAUGUGAAGCGUGAUUUACUUCGUAAUGAUCGUGUCAACCUUCCUUGGAUGAGUUUUUAAAUUCCAUACAGAAGCAGAACUAUACAUUUCAGUCUCCUCUUGAGAAUGAAUGUUGUGUAUAUAUUUGUUCCGUGUUAAGUUUUUAUUUAUAUUUGCAUUUAUUUUUGGUUCCUCUUUAAUUCGCUCAAUGAAGCAAACAAAUAUUAUUGAAGGAGGCAGUAGUGGUCUUGGUAUGCACAAUUUCAUGGGAAAUUUAGAUUU